AUGGCGAAGAAAUACCACCCAGAUACGAACAAGGAUCCCAGCGCGAAAGAGAAGUUCACCGAUGCACAAUCUGCGUAUGAAAUGUUGAAUGACCCUCAGAAGAAGGCUGCCUGGGAUAACUAUGGUGCCGCAGCUUUUGACCAGGGAGCCGGGUUUGACCCCUCCGGCGCAGCAGGUGGAAACCCCUUCGCGGGGGCUGGCGGUUUCGGCGGCGGUGGCAAUCCGUUCAGCGGCUUCGGUGGAGGUUUCGGAGGCGGAGGCGAUGUGAACUUCGAGGAUUUGUUUAGUGCCUUCACCGGCGGAAGAGGCGGACGACGUGGACGGGCGGCUCAGGAGAUACUGGUGGGCGAGAACAUUGAAGUCCAGGCCAAUAUCUCAUUUAUGGACGCCGCGAAAGGCGUGACGAAGAAUAUCACGAUUACACCGCUUGUGCAGUGCGGCACAUGUAAAGGAGAUGGACUGAAGAAGGGCUCAUCGCGGCAAACGUGCAAGCGCUGUGGCGGAACCGGCCAAAGAGUGCACGUCAUGCAGCAAGGUUUCCACAUGGCGAGCACAUGCGAAUCCUGUGGUGGUCAGGGAAUCACAAUACCUCGCGGCUCCGAGUGCGGUAGCUGUUCCGGCAACGGCGUGGUCCGUCAAAGGAAGACUGUCGAAGUCGAUAUCCCUGGUGGCGUUGAUGAUGGCAUGAGGUUGCGAGUAUCCGGCGAAGGUGAUGCCCCGCCCACAGGAACGGCCGCAGACCCCAAAACACGGACACAGCGAGGAGAUCUUUAUGUCUUCAUCAGAGUAUCACCAGACGCCCGUUUCAACCGCAGUGGCGCCGAUAUACUGUACAACGCAUCGAUACCGUUGACGACGGCUCUCCUUGGAGGCGAGGUCCGUGUGCCAACGCUAGACGGAGAAGUCAAGGUCAAGGUCGCGACUGGCACCGGGACUGGCGACAAGAUCACAUUGGGUGGGAAGGGCAUGCGCCGGUUGGGUGGUCGUGGUUCGCCUUCGGGAGAUCUGAGGGUCGAGUUCAAGGUCCAGAUGCCCAAGUACUUGUCGUCGAACCAACGGACAAUUCUCGAAAUGCUAGCGGACGAGAUGGGAGAUAAGACGGCCAAGAGAAUCAUGAAUGUUGGUCAGUACAAAGACGCUCCAUCCGACGCCAGCAGCCCAAAGACGCCCGGCACGUCGAACAAAGCUUCCGACCACAAGAACGAAGGCUUUCUGAAAUCCGCCUGGCAUCGGUUGACGCACCAGCACGAUAACCUUGAACCUGAUGAGCCGACCAAGACCGACGCAACUUCUGCGACGAAGACCGAAAAGACCGACAAGGCCGACGAAGAGCCAAAGAAAGCAUCAGGAUCUGGUUGA